CUGAGUCAUGCAGACAGUUCAAUUGAUAUGGUCGAAGAUAGGUUUGGUACAAUUUGGGUUUUGACCAAAUGUCUAAAAAUCGAUUAUCCAUUUGGACUAAGUCCAUUUGGACAUGGACUCUCUACCUCUUCCCAUGUUUCUUAGCAUCUGACGAAACAUUUUCUUCUCAAAAAGCACAAACAAGUUUCUUGUUCUUCAUUUGCUUCCAUUAUAUCUAUAAAUGGGUUCUUGCCUCAGCUCUCGUAUCAAUAAUAAGAGCAGUGGUCUCUACGACAUUCAACUCUCGAGCUAUCAAUCAUCAUCAUCAGCUCAUACGAGAGAGGGAGAGAUACUUAGCAAGGCGAACGUUAAGAACUUCACCUACAACGAACUAAAACUUGCAACCAGAAAAUUCACACCAAAGACUGUUGUCGGAGAAGGUGGUUUUGGUUCUGUCUUUAGAGGUUCAAUCGAUGAGUCAACUCUCGCUCCAACUAAGUCCAGCACUGGUCUUGUAAUUGCUGUGAAGCGGCUUAACCCUGAUGGAUUUCAAGGUCACCGAGAAUGGCUGGCAGAGAUCAACUACUUGGGGCAGUUAAGUCACCCGAACUUAGUUAAACUGAUUGGUUAUUGUCUGGAAGAUGAGCAAAGGCUUCUUGUGUACGAGUUUAUGCAUAAUGGUAGUCUUGAGGAUCAUCUGUUCAUAAAGGGUGUACAGUCUAAGCCGCUCUCUUGGAGUCUACGGGUUAAGGUUGCGCUUGAUGCAGCUAAAGGGCUUGCAUUUCUUCACAGCGAUCCUGUUAAAGUCAUGUACCGAGACAUCAAGGCUUCAAACAUCUUGCUGGACUCGGACUUCAAUGGAAAGCUUUCAGACUUUGGCUUAGCGAGGGACGGUCCAAUGGGUGAAACAAGCUAUGUUACUACAAGAGUCAUGGCUACAUUUGGCUAUGCUGCUCCUGAGUAUGUGUCUACAGAUCGCUUGAAGGCUAGAAGCGACGUAUACAGUUUUGGGGUUGUGCUUCUAGAGUUACUAUCUGGAAGGCGAGCAUUGGACCAUAACCGACCGGCCAAGGAGCACAACCUUGUGGAUUGGGCUAGACCUUACCUCACAAGCAGGCGAAAGGUUAUACAAAUUGUGGACAGGCGUCUGAACUCACAGUACAAACCUGAAGAGGCAGUGAGAAUGGCAAGCAUUGCUGUGCAGUGCAUCUCGUCCGAACCAAAGUCACGGCCGACCAUGGACCAAGUGGUCCGAGCCUUGAUACAACUGCAUGAAAGCAUGGUUAAAGGGGAUAAAGUUGAUCCGGGUAAAAAGAUACCAAGAUGA